UCCGGCCGGUAGCCCGCACCGCCGCGCAGAGACCUGGAGCCAGCGCUGGCCAUGAAGCGGCCCAGGGAACCCAGCGGCUCUGACAGCGAGUCCGACGGACCCAUCGACGUGGGCCGCGAGGGCGAGCUGAGCCAGAUGGCCAGGCCGCUGUCCACCCCGAGCCCUUCGCAGAUGCAAGCUAGGAAGAAACGCAGAGGGAUUAUAGAGAAACGGCGCCGGGACCGCAUCAACAGCAGCCUUUCUGAACUGCGACGCUUGGUCCCCACUGCCUUUGAGAAACAGGGCUCCUCCAAGCUGGAGAAGGCCGAGGUCCUGCAGAUGACAGUGGAUCACUUGAAAAUGCUCCACGCCACUGGUGGGACAGGAUUCUUUGAUGCCCGAGCCCUGGCAGUUGAUUUCCGGAGCAUCGGUUUUCGCGAGUGCCUCACCGAGGUCAUCAGGUACCUGGGGGUGCUGGAAGGGCCGAGCAGCCGUGCAGACCCUGUCCGGAUUCGUCUUCUCUCACACCUCAACAGCUACGCAGCUGAGAUGGAGCCUUCUCCCACGCCCGCUGGCCCCCUGGCCUUCCCUGCCUGGCCCUGGUCCUUCUUCCAUAGCUGUCCAGGGCUGUCAGCCCCCAGCAGCCAGCUCACCGUCCUGGGAAGAGUGCCCGGUCCCAUCCUCCCCAGCGCCUCCUCUCUGGUCUACCCCAUCCCCGCCCUCCGAACCACUCCCGUGCGCAGAGCCGCUGGUACUGUCCUGCCAGCCCGGAGGCAUGUGCUGCCCAGUCGAGGGGCAUCUUCUACCCGGAGGGCCCGCCCCCUGGAGAGGCCCGCUGCCCCCCUCCCCGUGGCCCCCAACAUCAGGGCUGCCAGGAGCAGCCACAUGGCACCCCUCGUGCGAUCUUCUUCCCCCGUGCUCCCUGGCAUCCUGGGGUCCCCUGCUUAUGUGGGUGUUCCCGCCCCCAGGCCUUCUUCCCCAGGGGCUGCUGGGAGGCCAGCAGGAGCUGUGCUCUGCCACUCCUGGGUCUCGGAAAUCACUGAAAUCGGGGCUUUCUGAGCCAGCUUCUCCCCGGGAGUGAGGAGGGUUCUUUUUCCAGGAGCUCUAAAAACAGUGCUAUCGUCUGCCCUGCUUCCUGGCCUGGCUCAUCUAUCUAUGAAGGCAUCUUCCUCACCCAUCAGAGGUGCCCCUUCCUCCUCUGGCCCAUCUCCCCUCCUCACUGCCUGUCCCAGCUUGUCCACCCAGCUCUCUUGGAGCUGUUGUGAUCUCAGAGGCCUCGUCUCAUUUCUUACCUGGACAGAUAAGUCGUGGGAGGGCCCCCACUAGCUUUGCCCAGGCUCUUACCUGCCCACCAGGCACACAAGGGGCAGCAGGCAUGAAUCUAAGGUCUGGGAACAAAGCUUUCACCUAAAGGCACAAUGGCCUCGGGCAGAUUGCUUGCCUAGAGAGAUCAGACCCCCAGCCAGAGCAGUGACUGACUGGUGCAGCCUUCCCAGGCCCCCAGGGCCAGAACGUAGUGUCUACCUUGCUUCCUGAGACAGUAACUGAGCAGGGGCCACAAAGUUGUCUCCGGAGAACCCCUGUCUGCCCCUGCCCACCCCACUGCAGUGAACCACAGGACAGCUGCCCUGUGCACCACGGCCAAGGCCUGGGGAUUAGGGGCCCAGCAGGGCCUGCUCGGGCCGUCUUCCCCCCUGCAGACACCUACCCUCCAGCUGACCCACACUUCCCUGCACAGAGCUGGGAGAUUUCUGAGCAACAGUAAGACUCCAAAACAGGGCGUUCUCACCAGCAGGCCUGGGACAGCGUUCCCAGACAAGAGCCAGGAUUGAGUAAAGAGAACCCAGCUCCCGGCCUCUCGCGCCGUCACCAUCCUCCAGAUGUGUGGUCCCCGUUGGGUGCACAGUGUGGAAGGUCAUGUUCCCAUGUGAUGGCGCCCAGAGAGGAACCCUCUUGGGAUUCCACACCAGACGUUUGUGCUGCCUGGUUUGUAUCCGGCUCACAGAGCCCAGACUGUGGGGACAGCCAAGGGCCGUCAGGCUGGACAAAAAUAACUGCAAGGAGGGGUGAGAGGAGGGACAGUCAGAGGCGGCUCGGCCCUUCAAGGUCACACGGUGGGUCAAGGGCCUGAGAUCCUGUUCACCCAGGAUUCCGCGCAGCUGGCUCUGCUCAGAGGCCAUUUCAUUACCCAGCUCCGCCUGGGCCUAAGAGAGGGAACAAAUGGCCUGGUGACCAUUCCUGGUGGAACAGCAGAGACUGGACAAGAUUGGGGCAGACCCAGGACUGACAUUCAGCUGGACCAGUACUGCCAGACCAGUUGUAAAAAAUGUAGAACCACUUCUGUGCUUGUUGGCAAGUAUUCACAUCCCCUGAGUGCCUCUAAGUGGCCCCCUGCCCCAGGUAGCUUUGGGUGGCUUUUCCCCCAGGACCCCAUGCUGGUUAAUGCCUGGUAGACCCAAGACUAUGGGGUCCUCCAGCUGGCAAUUCCUUGGUGCUUAUUUGCACUUGUUAUUAAAUAGUUCCUUCAAAUGUCACCCCUGGCAAGAUUCUUUCACCCCCACCCUUUGAUGGAACUACCCUCCCCAGAGACUAAAUUGAGGAGGUCCUUGGGCUCAGAAAUAGAGUUUGCUAAAACCCUGGGGGAGAGGGCCCUUUCAGAGAAGUAGAGCAGAGGGCAGAGAUCAUUUAAAUGACCCAGAAAUCUCUUUUAAAAAAGGCAAAUUCCUCAAGAAGGCAUGAAGAGCUGAAGUGUUCUUUCAGUCCUCAGGGUUAGGUCCAUCAGAUCUCUGUCCUCCUGGAUACAUCUGAGAUGUGUAGCAGUGGGGAGAGAGGGUGUCGUUUUAAGGAGGGGGUCACUGGCCUAGAGUGCUCCUGAGGGAGACGACAGGGAGGGCAGGGUGGUCAGCAGGCUCCCAGGAGCGGGGAGAGGGGGACAGAAGGCAGAGCCCGACUUGUCCUUUCUCACAGAGGACGGGAGGGGCUGCUUCUGCUCCGAGACUCCCUUCUUCCCUUCCUCGUCUCCCUGGCUAUCCCAGCUGGUGGCUCACUGCUCCCCUGACACCAUGUCAGUGCCACAAUCCUGCAGUUUGACAACUUGAUAGCCCGAGAAUAUGGAAAGCCCAUUUCCAUGUUUCCAGUCCCCAACUCUAGGAGAGUCUGUUGACACCAUCGAAUGAGAUGGAAAUGGCCCAGAACUUCCAGCAUCUGAGUUGACCUUGGGUUCAUUCUCCCCCAAGAGAUGGUGGGGGGGAUUGGUGACUAUGUAUUUGUUUCCGGGGUUGAGGACUUACAUCUUUUGUUUCUAUCCCCAACCCUUUCUGGUGUCCCCAACUCCUACCCCAUUGCUGGGGCUGUUGCAGGCAUCCAAUAAAGUUGUUUUAGUUCUCCUAAAAACCUCAGAAAGAUUCUACUUCUUAAUAUCUCUGGAGUCAAUACUCUUCUCUCUGAACCUACAGCUAUCACCCUGGUGUGGCCACUUCACCUGCCCCCAGAUCACUGCCCUCCACAAGGUCACCUUGCUUCUCUCUUGCUUUGUCACUCUGUUCUCAAGGCAACCAGAAAGAGCUUUAAACAUGCAAAUCAUAUCAUACCAACUCUGGUAUAAAACCCUUACUCGAUUACCCUAUUAUUCCAAAGAUAAAAUCCAAGCUCUUCCUCUUCUGGGCCCAACCUGAUUUCCAGCCAGUUCUGAUCUUGUUUGCUGUGUCCCUGCCACCCUGGCUUUCCUUCCUUUUCUCAACAUUUCAACCUAUUCCCACCUCCAGGACUUUGCAUAUGCUGUUUCCUUGCCUAGAAUGCUCUUCCCCUACCUUUGUCAUGGCUGAGCUCUUUACACCCUCAAGCCUUGGCUUUAACCCACCUCCUCAGAGAAGGCUUCCCUGACUGCUUGAAUAGUUAGUUCAUCUAUCUCAAAGUCCCUUAUUCUUAUUCUUCUCCUUCAUGGGGCACUUGCCAUUACACAUCAUGUGUGUUUACUUCUUGGUUGACCGUCUCCCCUGGCAGCAUGUAAGCUCUGUGAGGCCAGAGACCAUGUGUGCUUUGCUUUCUACCCUGUAUCUGGUGCCACGCACAGUACCUGGCUCUAAUUUGGUGUUCAAUAAAUAUUUGUUGAAUAAAUAAA